AUGAGCGCUUCCUCCAACGUCGCUCGCAGGGCGGUUGCCCGGAACCCCUUGAUGGGAAAUGCCCGGGCUCUCUCGCGAGGUGUUACUCCGGCCAUUCUUGGUCGCCACGUCAGUCGACAUGCCAAAAUCCCCGCCAUUGCUCUAUUGAUUCCGCGGUCAAUGAGUACCGAUCAUCACCGACCCGAUGCCUCUUCUUCUGGCCCGCCCCCGGGAUUCAAUGCCGAGCAGGCUAAGAAGCCGCUUCCCAAGGAUGCCAGCGGUUCCCUGGUCGCCAAGAAGGAGGAUAAGAAGCUUGAAGCAAACCCCACGGGAUCCGCAGUACUGAAGCCAGCCGAUGCCGCAGCCACACCCAAGUCCGAUUCAGCAGAAAUUGUUGCCACCAAAGAAGGUGUGAUGGAAAAGGGCGAUGCCGCUCAAAAGGCAAAGGAGGAGAAGAAACUCACUAUCUGGGAGAAGGUCAAGAAGGAGGCUCACCACUACUGGGAUGGAUCUAAACUGAUGGCCGCCGAGGUCAAGAUCAGUUGGCGGUUGGCUCUCAAGAUGGCGGCCGGAUACGAGCUUACCCGUCGUGAGAACAAGCAGCUUCAGCGAACAGUCCAGGAUCUCGGCCGGUUAGUGCCUUUCUCAGUCUUCAUUAUCGUGCCUUUGGGUGAGGCUCUUCUGCCCCUUGCCCUCAAGCUCUUCCCCAACAUGCUUCCCAGCACGUUUGAGGGUCAAAAGUCAAAGGAGGCCAAGGCCACUCUUUUGCGAUCAACACGUAAGGAAGUCAGUCAGUUCCUAAGACAAACACUGGGCGAGUCUGGCCUACCAUUGAGCCAAGCAACAACGCAAAAAGAGGAGUUCUCCAACUUCUUCCGCAAGGUGCGUGCCACCGGCGAGGCCCCCACAGCCCAGGACGUUAUCAAGGUCUGCAAGGUCUUCCGCGAUGAUUUGACCCUGGACAACUUGUCACGACCCCAGCUCGUCUCCAUGUGCCGCUACAUGAACCUCAACACAUUCGGAACCGACAUGAUGCUCCGAUACCAAAUUCGCCAUCGUAUGCGCCAGAUCAAGCGUGACGACAAGGCCAUCAGUUACGAGGGUGUUGACAGCCUGACUGUUGCUGAGCUCCAAGCAGCCUGUGCUGCCCGCGGCAUCCGAACACACAGCGUCUCUCCCGCACGCAUGCGAGCUGAUCUUCAGACUUGGCUCGACCUCCGACUUAAGGAGGGUGUCCCCUCAACACUCCUUGUUCUGAGCAACGCCUAUAUGUACGGUCAAGGCUCGGGCGAGGGUUACAACCAGGUUGACGCACUGAUUGGUGUCAUGUCUGCCAUUCCCGAGGAGCUUUACCACGAGAUUGAGCUCGAGGUUCACAGCGCCGAGGGUGCUGCCACCAACAAGCAGCGACUUGAGGUUAUCAGGGAGCAGCAGGAGCUCAUUGAGGAUGAGGCGGAGCAAGAUCAGGCUAGUCAAAGCUCUGGUUUCGCCACUCCUCGAGACACAGAUGAUAUCGACGAGAAGGAAGAGAGAAUUGCACAGGCCCAGGCUGAGGGUCUUGGCAAGAAGCAGGUCACUGAGAUGGUUGAGGCCGAGAUGGAGCUGGCCAAGGCCGCCGAGUCUGCCGCUUCACUAGAGAAGGAGAUCCAUGCGAGCUCUGGGCCUUCAAAGGAGCAGAAGUAG